UGAAGAAUUAUAAUAAAAAAAAAUAAAUGAAAAAAAAAAAACAAUUAAAUAGUAAAAAGAUACAACGUUUAAAAUAAACAAAUAAACAUGAAUAUAAAGACCUUAAUUUUACCUUUAAUCGUACAAAUUUGUUUCAUAUUCUCCGCAAGAGCCAACGAAACGGAGGAAAGCCCACUAUGGAUAUGCACCACAUCGGAUUUAUGCCUACUAGACACAGCACCCAAUGUUGGUGAUGUCAAACGUUUUGAAAGUCAAAAUGAUUGUCGUUUGUCGUGUGGUAAAUAUGGUGCCAUUUGGCCAAUGCCAACCGGUGAUUGUAGCCUCUCCAAAAAUCGAGUGCACUUUGAUCCAUGGAAAGUGCGUUUUAAUGUGGUAGCACCAACAGCGGCUACCACACAAUUUAUACGUGAAACAAAUCGUAUAUUUUUGAGUAACAUCAUUAAGGAGUGUGUACGCAAUUGUACACUGGACAAUAGCAAAGAGGUUUUGGUAAAGGCCACCAUAGAGUCUACAAGUUUAGCGCUCGAUUGGUCUACAGAUGAAUCGUAUGUGCUGUUAAUAAGAACUACAGGUACCGCCACUUUUGUGGACAUUAAAGCUCCUACGGUUUAUGGUGCACGUCAUGCUUUUGAGACUUUAAGUAAUUUAAUAACUGGCUGCAUAACCAAUGGUUUGCUGAUGGUCGAUGCAGCUCGUGUUUAUGAUCGUCCUUUAUAUCCUCAUCGUGGUGUAUUACUGGAUACAUCACGUAAUUUUAUGCCUUUAAGACAAAUACGUAAUACUUUGGAUGCCAUGGCUGCCUCGAAGUUAAAUGUAUUCCAUUGGCAUGUGGUGGAUACACAUAGUUUUCCUUUAGAAAUUACUAGAGUACCAGAAAUGCAACGCUUUGGAGCAUAUUCUCCUACAAAUACUUACUCUCGAACUGAAACCAUAAACAUGAUCAAAUAUGCUAGACUACGAGGCAUAAGAGUGCUUAUGGAAAUUGAUGGUCCUUCGCAUGCCGGUAAUGGUUGGCAAUGGGGUCCCAUGGCUGGCAUGGGUAAUAUGGCUGUGUGUAUUAAUCAAAAACCCUGGCGUUCAUUUUGUGUACAACCGCCAUGUGGUCAACUUAAUCCUUUAAAUGACAAUAUGUACUCGGUAAUGAAGGAAAUCUAUGAGGAUAUUGCCGAAGUAGGAGCUCCAGAAGAAACCAUACAUAUGGGUGGUGAUGAAGUGCAUAUAGACUGUUGGAACAACACAGAAGAGAUUACUAAGAAAAUGCGUGAAACCGGAUUUGAUCUGUCGUUACCAAGUUUCUAUAAGUUAUGGUCUGUCUUCCAUGAGAAAAACUUAGAGUCUUGGGAUGAAGUUAAUCAGAGGCAAUAUCCCAAUAUUAAAGAACCUAAAUCAACGAUAGUAUGGUCUAGUCAUUUAACAGAUCCUCAGUAUAUAGAAAAAUAUUUGGCCAAAGAACGUUUUAUUAUACAAACUUGGGUGGGGGCAUCGGAUCCUCUAAACGAUCAAUUGUUGAAAAUGGGUUAUCGUAUUAUAGUUUCCACCAAAGAUGCCUGGUAUUUGGAUCAUGGUUUUUGGGGAAGAACGCAAUAUUAUAAUUGGGCCAAAGUAUAUAACAAUAAAAUUGAAACUAAUCCCAAGAUUUUAGGUGGUGAGGUGUGCAUGUGGAGUGAAUAUGUAGAUCAAAAUUCUGUGGAGGCUCGCAUUUGGCCUAGAGCGGGUGCAGCUGCUGAGCGUUUGUGGUCAAACCCCAAGACUAACUCCCUUCUAGCUCAAUAUCGUUUUUAUCGUUACCGGCAACGUUUGAUUGCUCGUGGUAUACGUCCCGACGCUGUUGCCCCUAAAUGGUGCAUCUUAAAUGAGGGUCAAUGUUACUAAGCUAAUCUACCAAAAAAUAAAGGGUGCCUUGUUAAAAAUUCCUUAUAUUAAAUGUACAUUUUAUUUGUAUUGUUAUAAUAAAAAAAAUAUUUAUUAGUUUUACAUUA